ACUGAGCGAUUUGCAGCAGGAAGCAGCCGCUCUGACACGCUGUCUUCUCUCUCUCUCUCUCUGUUUCUCCUUCUCCCCCUCUCUGCACAAAGCCCGAAUGACGUUGCUGGGUGGAAGGUGCUUCGACGGACCAACACCUCAGGAAAACGCGAAAACAACUGCAAAAGGGAGUCUGACGAAGGGUCUCGACCCGAAACUUCACCCACUCCUUCAACCCUGCCUGUCCCGCUGAGUUACUCCAGCAUUUUGUGUCCACGGGUUGAAGCCCGUGUCCAGUUCCUGCCCACACAGCUGCUGCUGCUGCAAACAGGGAUCGGGUUUCUCUCAAGGCAGUUUUGUUUUGGCUGCUGUUUGUUUUAAAGCAACGCGUUUCCUUGGGGGCAGGUGCACGUGGAGGGGGUUAGUGCGGGUCCCCGCCACAACAACAGCAGCAGCAGCAGCAGCAACAGCAGCGGCGGCGGCUCCGCUCCACCCCGGCAACCUGGAGUGAACGGCAGCUGGAGAUGGCGAACUGUGGCAGUUCCCCAGGUGUAGACAUGAAGACUUGCCUGGAUGAAUGCAUGAUGGCCAUGAACAUGUUCCUCAACAACCAAUUCAGCGAGAGCCUUGAGAUGCUGAAACCAAGGGCCAAGGAGAGCAUGUACCACUCUCUGAUGUACGCCACCAUUUUGGAAAUGCAAGCCAUGAUGACCUUUGAACACGAUGACAUCAUCAGUGCUGGUCAUACGAUGAAAGAGGCGCAGGAGAUUUGUCAAAGGUUUCGAAAGAAGUCCACUGUUGUUGGUUCCCUCUCGAGUCUUGUGAACAAAUCAUCUGGUGACCACUUCACUGAAGAGGAGAUCCAUGCAGAGGUGUGUUACGCAGAGUGUUUGCUGCAGAGAGCUGCCCUGACGUUCCUACAGGAUGAGAACAUGGUCAGUUUCAUCAAGGGUGGGAUUAAAGUCAGGAACAGUUUCAUGAUCUACAAAGAACUCCAUAACUUCAUGCAGUCAAAUCUCUUCAGCAAAGGACCCAAUCAUUGUCACUUGGAAGGAGGCAUUAAUCUGGGAAUUGGGGCGUUUAACCUGGCACUGUCCAUGUUUCCCACACGGAUCCUGAAGCUGCUGGAGUUUGCUGGUUUCUCUGGUGACAAGGAGUACGGUCUGUCGCAGCUACACGACGGAGCGACGGUGCCCAACCUACGAGCCAUCCUGUGCGUGAUGCUGCUACUCUGCUACUACACAUUCCUCACGUUCAUCCUCGGGACGGGGGAGGAGGAUGUGACGGAUGCCGUGGAUUUGCUUCGGCCUUACCUCACUAAGUACCCCAAGGGUGCAAUAUUCCUGUUCUUUUCGGGAAGAAUCGAAGAGAUCCAGGGAAACCUCGACAAGGCGAUCCAGAGGUUUGAGGAGGGGUGCGCUGCUCAGCAGGCAUGGAAACAGUUCCACCACAUGUGCUACUGGGAGCUGAUGUGGUGCUUCACCUACAAGCGGCUGUGGAAGAUGGCCUACUUCUACGCAGAUCUCCUCAGCAAAGAGAGUCGCUGGUCCAAGGCAAUGUAUGUCUACAUGAAGGCGGCGUAUCUGAGUAUGCUCCCCGAACACGAAGCUAAGCCCUUUGGAGACAACGAGGUGGAUUUGUUCAGGCAGGUCCCCCACCUGAAGCAGAAGAUUGCCGGCAAGUCGCCUCCCACCGAGAAGUUUGCGAUCAGGAAGGCCAGGAGGUACAAGUCCAACGUUCCGGUGAGGUUGCCGGUGCCAGCUCUGGAGAUGAUGUACAUGUGGAACGGCUUUACAGUCAUUGGGAAGCAGUGGAAGCUAACGGAGGAAAUGCUGGAGACAAUCUGUGAAGCUGAGGCAUCACUGGAGCAGACUUCACCUAAUGAAUACCUGGAAGAUGACAAGUGUGUGGUGAAGCUGUUGAAAGGUUUGUGUUUGAGACACGUGGGGAAGGUUCUGGAAGCGGAGCAGUGUUUUGUCUACAUUUAUGAACAUGCGAAGAAGAUCAAGUACGACCACUACCUUAGCCCGAAUGCGCUCCUGGAGCUCAGCCUGCUCUUCAUUCAACAGGACCGGAAAGAGGAGGCCAUUAAAUGGUUGAGACGCGCUAAACAAAACUACAAGGACUACUCCAUGGAAUCCAGGACUCUCUUCCGGAUACACGCUGCUCUUUCCAAACUGAAAGCAGAGAAAGAUGAGAAUGGACUGGAAGGGACUGCUCUCUAGGCGUGAAGAUGAUCCAGUGCAAAGCAACAAAGGACUCGGUGAUUAAGACGGGGAAAGGGAGGGGCUGACAGGAAGAGCAGGGACAUAGAAUUAAACGGGCAGCUUUGCUCCAGAGAACACCAGGGAUAGAAACGUUGGGGGAGCUGGAAGUUGCCCUGUGCCAUUUUUGAUUUGAGGAAAGAGCGUGGGGAGUGUGUAACCAUGGGGAUGGAGCGGCUGCCAUUUUGUUUUCCAUUGGACCUGAAGGGCAUCGUGAAUUCUCAAUCCCAGGCGGGAAAGAGCUGGAAUUCCUGGAGGGGGCUGGCCAAAUCAAAGGAGGGGGAAAAAAAAGCCCUGGAAAAGGGGCACAAAACUAGCUUGUCCUUUCUUCAAUUUCCUGGCAAUACCAGGUAGCUGGGCCUUCUCCUGCCAGUUUAUGGAGGCCUAGUUUAGGCCGCUCGGGUUAGAAGUUUACUUAAUAGUACAAAUGCAUAAUUUUAAUGUUUAUGAUGUAAUUUGGAAUGUUUCUAAAUUUAGAUUCUGUAGAUAGACUGUGGAAUAUUGGGAGACUGGUUUGGAUAAUUGGAUAUUUUAUAUGCUGCCACUUAAGAGAUUUUAUAUUUUACAUUCAAAUUGAGGUGUUAUAUUUCAUCGUUGCUCAAAUUGUUGCACGAACAAUCGUUGAUUGCUGCAUUAGCUGGAUGUGGCUGGUUAGUGGCUUAAUAUUGGCGUCAGAUCUGACCCAUCCUGGAAGGUUUUGCUGAAAACCUUUGGAAAAUUGUGGACUUUUCCAAUAUUCCAGUGUUUAAAUGAAGCCAG